GUUUAAAAUGUAGGAAUGUUUUUGUACUUUUAUAGUGGAUCAGGGGUACAUUUUCUUUCCUUGUUUUUCAUUACUGCAGAUAAACCCAGGGCCACACUGACAGCACGAACAACAAUCAUACCAGUAGGGGGCAGUGUGACACUGACCUGCUCUGUGCAGAGCUCUGAUGGAUGGAAAUAUGAGUGGUUCAGACGAACCCAAACAACCUCUGAAGGUCAAAUCAGAGAUCAACAAAACAGAGAUAUCAGAGUAUCUCAAGGAGGAAUCUACAGCUGCAGAGGAACAAGAGGAAACCCAGUUUACUACACUGAUAUAAGUGAUGAUGUCACCAUUGAGAUAACCUUUUCCAAUAAAGUUGUUGUAAAACAACAACCCAACUGGCCUCAGAUAUUCAGAGGUGAGACGAUCACUCUGACAUGUGAGGUGCAGGAAGGAGGUGAAACCACUGAGUGGGAGUAUGAAUGGAGAGGACCCAGGACACCCACACAGUGGACACACAAUAAUGAUGUGACAUUCAGAGUUUCUGAGUCCAGCAGUGGAGACUACAUGUGUAAGAGUCGACGCAGAGAUGACUCCUAUUCUUCAACAGAGUGGAGUGAAGCCUUCACAUUGUCAGGAUCAAAUAAACCCAGGGCCACACUGACAGCAGGAACAACAAUCAUACCAGUAGGGGGCAGUGUGACACUGACCUGCUCUGUGCAGAGCUCUGAUGGAUGGAAAUAUGAGUGGUUCAGACGAACCCAAAGAACCUCUGAAGGUAAAAUCAGAGAUCAACAAAACAGAGAUAUCAGAGUAUCUCAAGGAGGAAUCUACAGCUGCAGAGGAACAAGAGGAAACCCAGUUUACUACACUGAUAUAAGUGAUGAUGUCACCAUUGAGAUAACCUUUCCCAAUAAAGUUGUUGUAAAACAACAACCCAACUGGCCUCAGAUAUUCAGAGGUGAGACGAUCACUCUGACAUGUGAGGUGCAGGAAGGAGGUGAAACCACUGAGUGGGAGUAUGAAUGGAGAGGACCCAGGACACCCACACAGUGGACACACAAUAAUGAUGUGACAUUCAGAGUUUCUGAGUCCAGCAGUGGAGACUACAUGUGUAAGAGUCGACGCAGAGAUGACUCAUAUUCUUCAACAGAGUGGAGUGAAGCCUUCACAUUGUCAGGAUCAAAUAAACCCAGGGCCACACUGGCAGCAGGAACAACAAUCAUACCAGUAGGGGGCAGUGUGACACUGACCUGCUCUGUGCAGCGCUUUGAUGGAUGGAAAUAUGAGUGGUUCAGACGAACCCAAAAAACCUAUGAAGGUCAAAUCAGAGGUCAACAAAACAGAGAUAUCAGAGUAUCUCAAGGAGGAAUCUACCGCUGCAGAGGAACAAGAGGAAACCCAGUUUACUACACUGAUAAAAGUGAUGUUGUCACCAUUGAGAAAACCAUUUCCAAUAAAGUUGUUGUAAAACAACAACCCAACUGGCCUCAGAUAUUCAGAGGUGAGACGAUCACUCUGACAUGUGAGGUGCAGGAAGGAGGUGAAACCACUGAGUGGGAGUAUGAAUGGAGAGGACCCAGGACACCCACACAGUGGACACACAAUAAUGAUGUGACAUUCAGAGUUUCUGAGUCCAGCAGUGGAGACUACAUGUGUAAGAGUCGACGCAGAGAUGACUCAUAUUCUUCAACAGAGUGGAGUGAAGCCUUCACAUUGUCAGUAUCAAGUAAACCCAGGGCUACACUGACAGCAGGAACAACAAUCAUACCAGUAGGGGGCAGUGUGACACUGACCUGCUCUGUGCAGAGCUCUGAUGGAUGGAAAUAUGAGUGGUUCAGACGAACCCAAAGAACCUCUGAAGGUCAAAUCAGAGAUAAACAAAACAGAGAUAUCAGAGUAUCUCAAGGAGGAAUCUACAGCUGCAGAGGAACAAGAGGAAACCCAGUUUACUACACUGAUAUAAGUGAUGAUGUCACCAUUGAGAUAACCUUUUCCAAUAAAGUUGUUGUAAAACAACAACCCAACUGGCCUCAGAUAUUCAGAGGUGAGACGAUCACUCUGACAUGUGAGGUGCAGGAAGGAGGUGAAACCACUGAGUGGGAGUAUGAAUGGAGAGGACCCAGCACACCCACACAGUGGACACACAAUAAUGAUGUGACAUUCAGAGUUUCUGAGUCCAGCAGUGGAGACUACAUGUGUAAGAGUCGACACAGAGAUGACUCAUAUUCUUCAACAGAGUGGAGUGAAGCCUUCACAUUGUCAGUAUCAAGUAAACCCAGGGCUACACUGACAGCAGGAACAACAAUCAUACCAGUAGGGGGCAGUGUGACACUGACCUGCUCUGUGCAGAGCUCUGAUGGAUGGAAAUAUGAGUGGUUCAGACGAACCCAAAGAACCUCUGAAGGUCAAAUCAGAGAUAAACAAAACAGAGAUAUCAGAGUAUCUCAAGGAGGAAUCUACCGCUGCAGAGGAACAAGAGGAAACCCAGUUUACUACACUUAUGACAGCUAUGAUGUCACCAUUAAGAAAACCUCAGAUAAACCCAGGGCCACACUGGCAGCAGGAACAACAAUCAUACCAGUAGGGGGCAGUGUGACACUGACCUGCUCUGUGCAGAGCUCUGAUGGAUGGAAAUAUGAGUGGUUCAGACGAACCCAAAGAACCUCUGAAGGUCAAAUCAGAGAUAAACAAAACAGAGAUAUCAGAGUAUCUCAAGGAGGAAUCUACAGCUGCAGAGGAACAAGAGGAAACCCAGUUUACUACACUGAUAUAAGUGAUGAUGUCACCAUUGAGAUAACCUUUUCCAAUAAAGUUGCUGUAAAACAACAACCCAACUGGCCUCAGAUAUUCAGAGGUGAGACGAUCACUCUGACAUGUGAGGUGCAGGAAGGAGGUGAAACCACUGAGUGGGAGUAUGAAUGGAGAGGACCCAGGACACCCACAUGGUGGACAUACAAUAAUGAUGUGACAUUCAGAGUUUCUGAGUCCAGCAGUGGAGACUACAUGUGUAAGAGUCGACGCAGAGAUGACUCAUAUUCUUCAACAGAGUGGAGUGAAGCCUUCACAUUGUCAGUAUCAACAGAUCAACCAAAGGCCCAAAUAACUUCUGAUAUGAGAGACAUACCAGUAGGGGGCAGUGUGACCCUGACCUGCUCUGUGAACCCAUCAUCAUCAUCAUCAUCAUCAUCUGGAUGGAAAUACUACUGGUACAGAGAUGAGAAAUCCUCUGAAGCCCUGACCACACAAGAUGCAGUUUUCCACUCAAAUGGACAAAUCAGUGUCUCACAGGAAGGACUCUACAGGUGCAGAGGAGGAAGAGGAAACCUAGUUUACUACACAGAGGACAGCCAGUCAGUCAGGAUUGAUCACAGGGCAGCACCUGAGCCUGAAAGCUCUUCAUUUCUCACUCCUUUGAUCGUUGGACUCGUUUGUGGAGUUUUACUGAUUCUUCUUCUUCUGCUUUUGUGUCGCUUCAAACAGUCAAAGGAUUCAUUCUUUGCCAGGACUCGGAGCACAAAUCAGAGCUCUGCAAUGAACCACAUGAUCAAGGAUGAAGCUCAACACAGUCGACAUGCUUCUACUGUCCAAGGUGAUGCUUGUGUUUAUGAAUCAAUCAAAGACCACGAUGACACACAAAAUGAUGACAGUGUGUUGUAUGCAGAGGUCUCCCACGAUAGAGCUAAAACCAAGAAAGACAACGAUGACAGCCUGUUGUACGCACAGGUCUAUUACACUAAAGUAAAACCCAAGAGACACAAAGGGAAACCAGCUCCUGCAGCAGCUGAUGAAACAGUUUAUUCUGAAGUUAAAUCACAAACAGCUCUGGAUUAAUAACAAGAUCUGCAAAACCAACUCGAUCAGUGACAAAACUGUGUUAGAAUUAAAGAGCUCAUUGGAGAAAAUUACAUUAUGCACUGUUUUGUAAGAUAAAAUAAAAUAACUUUAAAAACUUUCUUCCAUCAUAAUAGCACCAAAUGAUGAUCUGGCUUUGAGACCAGGAUGCUUUUUAGACAUGAAUAUUCAUUAAACUGUAAGUGUUGUUACAUUUAGAUUGCUCAAUAAAUAAAUAACAAAUAAAAAAAAUAAAAAUAAACAACACUUGGAAAUGAAAAUCAUCAACCUACAGAGGGCUAAAUGCAAAGACACAUCAAAGUGACAAAAUAAUGCAGCAGGUUAGUCCAUUUUGUUAAAUUUUCAUUGCACCAACUCAAAAGGAUACUCAGUAGUCAGUUUGGCCUCCAUGUGCUUGUGUGCAUGCCUGACAAUGUUGGAGCAUACUAUUAAUGAGACAAUGGUGUCCUGGGGAUCUCCUCCAAGUUCUGGACCAGGCUCCUGGACAGUCUGAGCUGCAACCUGGCAGCAUCAGAUGGAAAGAAGUAUAAUGUCCCAGUUGGAUUUUGGUCAGGCGAGUGUGGGGACCAGUCAGUGGUAUCAAUUCCUUAAUCCUUCAGGAACUGCCUGCAUACUCUCAACACAUGAGGCUGGGUCAUGUCAUGCACCAGGAGAAACCCAGGACCCACAGCACAAGCAUAGGGUCUGACAGUGGGUGACAAACUCUUGAGACUGUGCUGGGAGACAUGACAAACCUCCUGGCAAUGGCACGCAUUGAAUUGGCAUCCUAGAGGACUUUGACAUCCUGUACACCAUCUGUAGCAUCCAGGGAUCGUCUCACCCUGCCAGUAACGAUGAUCACACUAGCCAAAUGCAAAAAUAGUGAAAAACAGUCAGAAGAGAUGAGGAGGGAAAAAUGUCAGUGACCUCUACCUGUAAAACAAUUCCUCACUGUUGCCCCUCUAGUGUACCCAAGUGUUAACUGGAUUUUCUGCUACUUCAUCGAGCAGAGAAGUUUGAGUGAUGUGAUGCCAAAAUUUUUUAUAAAAAUAAUUCCUUUAAUUUCUUUUGAGCCGUGGAUAUUUUACAGACGUUUCCUGUGUCGUUUCUAAAAUCAGUCGAUGUGUAUGAUAAGCAUACAUGUUUCUUUUCCCCUGGAUGAAUUAAGCAUUACUUCACAUAUUUCUACAAAGUUUCUUUUCUUCUUUGAACAGUUUUAGGAAAAGAUCAACUUUUUAAAAUUUUAUUUUAUGUAAGCUGCUUGGAGAGCUGCAGUUGUGUUAUAUGAUUAUGUGUUUCCUAUAAGAAAACUCAAUCAGUUUGUAUGAACCUCAUAUAUUGUUACAUCUACACACUCGUUUGUUGUGUUUGUUGAAAAACAUGUUGAAGUUGUUUGUGCCCUUGUUCUUGUUUCUGGGCUUUAUUGCUCCAGAUAGAUCUAAUUCACACAUGACUGUUAUCAUCCACAUAUUUUAGUUUCUGUCAGUGUCAGACUUAGUUCUUCCUCCCAGCUGUUACGAGGUGCUUGUUUAAAGCGGACUGUUUAUUGUAGGGUAUUUACCUUACAAAAUAAAGCAUUUUGAGGCGACUGUUAUUGUGAAUUGCUGUUAAAUAAACAAAAUUGAUUAAAAUUGA